UACAUAUAUCACUUGUAUCUAUCUUUCUCUCUCGCAAAGACAAACAAAACAGUAGCCUCUCUCUCUCCUCUCUCUCUCUGCAAGUACAUUUGGGGAACUGCAAUUCCUGCUUCGUACAUGGCGGAUAUAGCGAAGUACGCCCCUCUCAACGGCGGAACUCUCCUCUCCUACUUCAAAACCAAUCUCUCACUCUCCAAAACCACUAAAACCGCCUCCAUCGCAUACGCCCUAGUUUUCGUCUCCAUCGCCUUCACCAUCUUCCUCGCCUUCACCCCUGACGUCAUCAACUCCUCAGCUCCGUCCCACGGCGCUCACACAUCGAAUUUCUCCUCAAUCGUCUUCUUCCUCUUCCCCAAUUCAUCAUCUGAUCCUAAUUCAACUACCAAUGCGGAGGUUUCUCAUCAACCGAUCAGUAAUCGGACUAGAUUGGAGCACAAUCACACUCUAACCGAGUCUCUGAAGAGGAACCAGAGCGCAAUUGCUAAUUCGGCUUCUUUGGUGAAGAAUGUUGCUGCAGAAGUCGAUUAUUCGAGGCUGAUCGAUGAGUUGGCCGAGUGUGAUCUGUUUGAUGGAAAUUGGGUGAGAGAUGAGUCUUAUCCGUUGUACGCGCCUGGCUCUUGCUCAUUGAUUGAUGAACAGUUCAACUGUUUCCUCAAUGGCAGGCCUGAUAAUUCCUACCUUAAGCUUAAAUGGAAGCCUAAAUCCUGCAAUUUACCCAGGUUGAAUGGAAGCCAUAUGUUGGAAAUGCUGAGAGGAAAACGGCUGGUUUUUGUUGGUGAUUCUCUAAAUAGGAAUAUGUGGGAAUCACUCAUUUGCAUUCUGAAAAACUCUGUGAAAGAUCAGAAAAAAGUGUAUGAGGUUUCAGGGAGGCAAUUUUUUCGAAGCGAAGCUUCUUAUUCGUUUCGAUUUGAAGACUUCAACUGCACGGUGGAGUUGUUCGUGUCUCCUUUCUUGGUUCAAGAAUGGGAAUUCACAGAGAAGAACGGGACGAAGAAGGAGACGCUUCGACUUGACCUAGUUAGCAGCUUUGCUGAUAAAUACAAAGAUGCAGAUGUGCUCUUGUUCAACACUGGUCACUGGUGGACUCAUGACAAGACCUCAAAAGGGCAGGACUACUAUCAAGAAGGUAGCCAUGUGUAUAGCGAGUUGAAUGUUCUUGAGGCCUUUCGCAGAGCUAUAACGACGUGGGGCAGAUGGAUUGAUGCCAAUGUCGAUCCAAGAAAGUCCCUCGUGUUCUUCAGAGGCUACUCAGCCUCUCAUUUCAGUGGAGGGCAGUGGAAUUCUGGGGGGGCAUGUGACAAUGAAACAGAGCCAAUCAAGAAUGAUGCUUUUCUUUCGCCGUAUAUGGACAAGAUGAGUGUUCUUGAGCACGUUUUUGGAGGGAUGAAAACCUCGGUAGGUUACAUGAACAUAACGAAAUUGACAGAUUAUCGGAAGGAUGGGCAUCCCUCGAUAUACAGGAAGCUGAAUUACACGGAGGAGGAGAGGCGGUCGCCACUGGUCUUCCAAGACUGCAGCCACUGGUGCCUCCCGGGAGUGCCCGAUGCAUGGAACGAGAUCCUCUACGCGGAGCUGCUGGUGAGGCUGAACCAGAAGCAGCAAUCGCACAAGAGAGCUUAAGUAAAAGUAAAGACUACAUUGCACAUUUGAGGUGUGUGCAUUCACACGGGAUCCUCUAUUGCGAAUGGUGUUUCGUCGUCUGUUCUAUACUACUGUGUGGUAUGUUAGUUGUGUUGUUACACAAGAUGAAACACUUGGGACUUGGGUGAGGAUCCAAUUGUUGUUUAUUAGUAUACCUACCUUUUCUUCUUUUUACUUGAAGAAUAUAGGUAGAUACAAUGGAAGAAGAACAUUGGUGAUGAUCCAAUUGUAUGUAACAGAGAAAUGUGUAAACUGUUGCUGCA